GGAGACUCCAGCCACCGUCAGCAUGUGCCAUGUGAUUGUCACCUGCCGCUCCAUGCUGUGGACUCUGCUGAGCAUCGUGGCGGCGUUCGGAGAGCUCAUCGCCUUCAUGAGCACUGACUGGCUGGUGGGAUUCCCCCGCACGCCAGACGCCGUCUUCGGCCCCCAUGGGGCCACCGCAGCCGGAGAGGCCUACAGGCCCACUUUAGGCAUCUACGGCCGCUGUAUAAAACUGCCCCACCUGCAGCGUGGGGUACUGUGCGGACCGUACGCGAUACACUUUGGAGAGAUUGCCAGCGGGUUCUGGCAGGCUACUUCUAUCUUCCUGGCGGCAGGGAUCCUGCUGCUGUGUGCCGUGGCGUUCAUCUCGGUCUUCACCAUGUGCUUCCAAAGCAUCAUGAAGAAGAGCAUCUUCAAUGUGUGUGGACUGCUGCAAGGGAUCGCAGGUCUGUUUCUGAUCCUGGGUCUGAUGCUGUAUCCCGCUGGCUGGGGUUCAGACAAGGUCCAGCUGUACUGCGGCCCCGACGCGGCUCCGUACCGGGCCGGGCUCUGCUCCAUGGGCUGGGCCUUCUACACGGCCAUGGGCGGCACCGUUCUCACCUUCAUCUGCGCCGUCUUCUCCGCGCAGGCCGAGAUCGCCACCUCCAGCGACAAGGUCCAGGAGGAGAUCGAGGAGGGCAAGAGCCUGAUCUGCCUCCUCUGAGGGGCUCAGAUACUUUAGCCCCUGUGGAGGGAAAAAGGAGGAG